AGCGUUCUGAUUGGAUGGCCGACAUAUUAAUCAAGUUAUGCGGUUUUGAAGCCGUCUCGAUCGUGACAUCGGCACAUCUUCAUUCAUAAAUCUUUUCCACUUUUACCAACUCUUACUUAACUUAUACCCUCUUACACUGAUAUUUCCCCAGCUCCCAUUACGCAUCAAUGUCGGAACCUUCAACGGCUGCUGUUGCUGUCGCACUUCCUCGCCGCAUGGACGAUGGACUGAAAGCUACUAAACCCCCCGUCUGGCCGAUCACAAACUCUAUAACAACAGAUUCGACCCCGCUGAGCUCAAAAUGCGAUAGAGUCUCGCGAGCAGACGGUGUUUGUUGUAAGGAGCUGAAGCAAGAGGAGCGAACCCUUAUUGAUCCUGAUGUUGUCCGCGAUGUCAUCAUAGGACUUUCUGAUGGCCUGACAGUCCCUUUCGCUCUUACCGCUGGUCUCUCGUCUCUUGGCACAUCGAAACUGGUAGUUCUUGGUGGCGUGGCAGAGCUAAUCGCUGGCGCAAUUUCUAUGGGCAUCGGAGGAUUUCUCGCCUCUCAAGCCGAACGAGAUCACUUUCGCUUCCUUAAGAAACAGACAUCCGCUCGAGUCUCUGUCAGCUGCUCUGGGGAAAUGGAGAGAGAGGUCGAAGAAAUUCUUGGGCCUCUUGGUGUUGACCAAAAUGCUUGCCGCAUUGUUGCCGAAAGCUUACGCAAGGCAGGCAACGAGAGUAUCGCGGAUUCUACUUCAGCAGAAGACCUCAGGUUACGGUGGAGUAAAGAUGUUGGACUAACGGCCUUCUUACUUAAGUUUGGGGAGGGAAUGGAGGAAGUUCCAACGAAACGACUUUAUACCUCAGCGUUUACAAUUGGAAUGGGAUACCUCAUUGGUGGUCUCAUCCCCCUUCUUCCAUACUUUUUCAUUGACAAGGCACAAGUGGCUUUAAUCUAUUCGUGUAUCGUCACUGGUGUGGUGCUUCUCGUUUUCGGUGCUAUCAAAGCGCAAGUGACUGGUGCCAGCGGAGGUAUGGGUGGUAUCUUAUGGGGUGCUUGUACCACACUCCUCGUAGGUGGUGUAGCUGCUGGUGCAGCAUUUGCUAUUGUACGAGCAUUGGAGACAGAUUAACUAUCUGAUAUCUUGGUUGUAACAUGUCUAUUCUAAUGUGAACAUUUUUAAUUACUGCAUGCCUGUAUUAUGUUGUACUGUUAAUCUGUGUAUAUAGUGACGGCUGUACUCUGAUAUUAACCUCUUGACAUAUCAUGUAGGCGCUAUAGCCAAGUGGUUACGGC